AGAUUUUAUGAUUUACACAUCAACUAAGGCUUUAAUAUAUGUUGAAAUAUUCUAAUCUGAAGUUUCAAAAGGACCAUUAAAAAUAAAAUAAGUCAAUCCAAAUAAUUAAUACAGAGAUUUGGUUUAUUAGGGUAAUUAUCUCUACUAAGAUACUUUUCAUGCAUAGGCUGGUUAGUAAUAUUUUUAUAGAAUUGAAAAUAGUGACAAUUUUUAUACUAACUUUUAUUUUAAAGUAUAAAAUUAAAUUAUAAUAGUAUCAAGUACUUACUAGUAGCUCAGAUUAAGAUGUUUAUUAAUUAAGAGAUAGUUAAACACCAAAAGCUUAAUUCAAAAAGAAUAAAAUCUUUUUGAGCAUUCCUUCAUUUAAUCAAUAUUAACAGACUAUUUAUUACAAAAUUAUAAUUACAUCAAAUUUGUAUGAUAGUAAUUUAAUUUAAUGUUCAUUUGGAGAUGAAGAAUUACUAUCUAAAAUGAAUACUACCAAUUAUUAUGCUAUAUAUUAUCAUAAGCAAACAGAUUAUGAAUCUAAAUAAUAAUUUGUUACUGAUUAUCUAUAUUAAUUCGAUCAAGAUGUCUUAAUUUAUGUUUUUGGCUUUAUUCAACAUAGAGAUUUUAAUCAAACAGUUCCUUAUAAUUCAGUUUAUCUGGCAAAAACAAAUGAAGUGGAUUAUAAAUUAUUAUAUAUUUUGGCUCCAGUGAUUAUCUUCGCUUUUGCAUUAUUGUCUAUUCUAGUUGCAUAUUUAUGUCUCAAGAAAAAGCGUUAAUCAGAACAAUAAUCACAAAAUUAUGGUAUAGAAAAUACAGAAAUUACUCUAAUUAUGGAACCAAAAUAAUUAUAUUACACCUUUUAAAGUUGGAAGUAUUUAAUGAACACAUAUAAAUAAAUUUAUCAUUUUAUAAAUAAAUUCUAUCUGCCAUAUUAUUAAUUGUAUUAAAAAUGGUAUAAUCCUUAUCUAAUUAAUUAAUAUUAAUCAUUAAUAAAAUUAUUCUCUUUCAAUAUAAACUGGAUUUUUUUUACAUAAAAACAGAAUUUUGAUUAAUCAAAUUUUUCUAAACUAUAAAAUUAUUAUUGA